GGGUGGUGCUGCUGCCCUUCUCCCAUCACCACAGUGGAUUAACAAGUGGAGAAAUCAUGAAUCACCAGUGAGGGCCUUAUUACACUGAAACCUUUAUUGUUUGGUAUAGACGGCUUAACUGCUUUUAUCUUUAGUUGUAGCUGCGUUUCUGAAACAACGGAAACCCGUGUAACGAGUUGAUUCUUUUUAAAACAACCGAACAGUUAUUUUAAUUUCCAACAGCAGCUAGCUAAACCAGGUAGCCUCAGUUUUGUACUUUUUUGUGUACUAUGGCCGACAACGGGGCGCAACUGACUGAAGAGGACCCUGCGGCAGCCUUCCUGGCCCAACAAGAGAAUGAGAUAGCGGGGAUCGAGAACGACGCCGAGGGCUUUGGGGCGCUAGAGGGAGCGGACGAUGCGCAGCCCCCUCAGACGGCCAACUAUGAGGAGCCUGCGACGCUGAAUGGAGAUUUGUUCCCGGAGUCUAAUGGGCCAACAGACAGCUAUGCAGCCAUCGCCCAGGUCGAUAUUCAACGGCAGGAACCUGAAAGUCUGCGCAAGUGGAGGGAGGAGCAGAAGGCUCGCCUUGAAGCAUUAGACUCCGCCUCCAAGGCAGCAGAGGAAGAGUGGAGAGAGAAAGCCAAGAAGGAGCUGGAGGACUGGCACGUACACCAGAGCGAGCAGAUGGAGAAGAACAAGGCUAACAACAGACUCUGUCCAAGUCUGGCACGGAUUGCUGACAAAGCAUUCUACAAACAGCCCAACUCUGAUGCUAUAGGCUUCGUAGCGUCCGAGGAGGCCUUCCUGGCAGAGAGCGACGGCGACAGCCCCGGCUCCGAAUGGGAGCGAGUUGCUCGCCUGUGCGACUUCAAUCCUAAAACCAGCAAGCAGGCGAAGGACGUCUCCAGGAUGCGCUCGGUUCUCAUCUCCCUAAAACAGACACCUUUAGCCCGCUAACAGCAGCAGCUUGAAUGACACGCUGUAUCCGAAUGAUUUUUAGACCUUUUCCAUAGGAGUUGCUGACAUGCUGAACCUUUUCUUGCCUUUCUUGAUGCCUAUAUAUUGAUAAACCUAACCUGAGGCUCCUGUAAGAAAACAGAACGCUCUGUUACACCUUUCAACGCCACUUUACUGAAGAAAAUACUGUUACUUUAUGUUUUCUUUAACUUAUAAUUUGAGGUCAACUUCAUUGGAUUGCCUUUUUUGCUCAAAACACUUAAUGUCAACAAGAUUGUAUCCCUUCAUGCCUGUUUUUAACCAUAAAACAAUUGUUUAAUUCAUGAAAUCAAUAAUUAAUAAGGUUAUACUUGUUUUUUUUUUAAUGACAUAAGCUUGUGGCCUUUUGAUGUCGCUCCUUCUCUCCUCAGGAGUAUUAAGCCUGAUAGUUAUUCAAUUGGGUUACUUUAUUGGAAAAAAAAAAUUAAAGGUAAAGACUCCCAACCAAAGACUUCUGCUAGCAUCUAAAUUAAGGAAUUUAAAUUAGCACCUUUUUUUACUUAUUUUUUCUUCAUAUUUGUAUCACAACAGCACACUAAAACGUUUAAAGUACAGGUUUUCAUUUCAAAUGUGACAUCUGCACAUUGUUCACAUGUUGCCUGUUUGGACAUAAUAAAUAUUAAAUCACUGAAUGUUAAAAAGGGACGAGAAUAAAAGAAAAAAAAUUUUUUUUUUCAUAUUUCUUUAAUUUAACAUUUCCUUGCCAAGCUUGUUACUAUUUCAUAAACUUUGGAGAUCCCUUGAAUAAAGUCGUGUGUAGCCCAGUA